AUGGCGGGAGGGGAAAAUGGCAUGCUGGGUGUUGACAAACUGGAAGGCCCAUCCACCCGUGCUGUGCAUGGGGGGGAGAGACAGAAGGGUGGCAUGAAGGCUCGAGCCACCUUGGAUGCUCUUGCAACCCCUAUCGUGCAGACAGCCACUUUUACAUUUCGCAACACGGCUGAGAUUGUUGCAUACAACGAGGGCACUUACGAGUCAUUCGAGUAUGGGCGCUAUGGUAAUCCCACUGUGCGCGCCUUGGAAGAGAAGAUCAUGGCGCUUGAGAAUGCUGAAGAUGCUCUUGUCUCAUCUUCGGGUAUGAAUGCUGUUACCACCAUGUUGUUGGCCCUCGUGGAUCAAAAUGGACAUGUCGUCUCGACUACGGAUUGCUAUCGUCGUACGAGACAGUUUGUGACAACAGUCUUGCCAAAGAUGGGGGUUAAGCUGACUGUGAUUGAUCCUGCUGAUGUUGACGAGUUGGAGCGUAUCCUGUCAACCCAGGGCGCUACCCUCUUCUUCUCUGAGCAAAUCACCAACCCCUUGUGCAGGGUGAUCGACACUGAGAGGAUUGCCGCGCUGUGCAAGGCUCACAACUGCAUUUGCUGUAUUGAUACAACCUUUGCUACCCCUGUGAACCACAGGCCUAUUGAUAUUGGAUCCGACCUGGUCUUGCACAGUGGUACCAAGUACCUUGCCGGUCACAAUGACGUGAUGUGUGGAGUUUUGGCUGGAAAGAAAGAGUACAUUGACAAAGUCAGGAAGUUGCACGGUGUCCUGGGUGGUGUCUGCGAUCCGCAUGCUGCUUACAUGGUUCUCCGGGGAUUGAAGACCUUGUCUCUGCGCGUUGAACAGCAAAAUCGAACUGCUGAGGCUUUGGCGAAAUUUCUCGACACUCAUCCGUGCGUUGAGAAAGUUCAUUAUCCUGUCCUUCCGCACCAUCGGGAUCAUGCAGUUGCAUCUCGCAAGUCGAUGUUUGCCAAGGGCUUUGGUGGUGUUUUGUCUUUUGAAAUCCGUGGUGACGGCAAUCCCUGCAAGAUUCCUUACAUUGGACCCUCGCUGGGUGGUGUGGAGACUCUUGUUGAGCAGGUCAGAGUUGUAGGCUACUACGAUCAGCCUCUGGAAGUUAGACAGCGCUUGAGUAUCACAAAUGGCUUGGUCCGAUUUGCUUGUGGUAUCGAGGACACUGCAGACCUUAUCGCCGACGUCGAGCAGGCACUGACAUACGUGAAGCCCGGAUCUGUCGUGCACCACGAGAUGGAACCUCCCAUGCCCAAGGGUGAUGGCGAGGAGGACCCGUGA